CUCUCUCCUGCUCUAGCUCUGCCUGCUGGGAUCGUCUAUAGUUUAGCUGUCAAGAUGUCCAUCAAGUCUUCAUCCUACAAGAGGAUCUUUGGGGGGAAUCCCCGGUCCAGCUCCAGCUCCUCCAGCACCCGCUAUGUCACCUCCGGCAACAGGUACUCCCUGGGCAGUGCCCUCCGCUCCGGCGGUGGCAGCGGCGGCGGCGGCGGUCUGUCCAGCAGCAGGGCAGUCUUCUCCUCCUCCUCCCCGUCCAUCUACAAGUCCUCCUCGGUCAGGCUGAGGAGCAGUCUCCCCCCAGCCCGGCUCCAUGACACCGUGGACUUCACCCUGGCAGAUGCCAUCAACAUGGAGUUCAAAGCCAACAGGACCAACGAGAAGGCUGAGAUGCAGGAGCUCAACGACAGGUUCGCCAGCUUCAUAGACAAGGUCCGAUUCCUGGAGCAGCAGAACAAGAUCUUACUGGCUGAGCUGGAUCAGCUGAAGGGCAAAGGAACCUCCAGGGUGGGCGAUCUGUACGAAGAGGAGAUGAGGGAGCUUCGCAGGCAGGUGGACCUCCUCACCAACGAGAAAGCCAGGGUGGAAGUGGACAGGGACAACAUGGCUGAUGACCUCCAGAGACUCAGAGAAAGGCUUCAAGAUGAAAUGAUUCAGAAGGAAGAGGCUGAAAGCAACCUGCAGUCAUUCAGACAGGAUGUUGAUAAUGCAUCUCUGGCACGUAUCGACUUGGAGCGCAAACUGGAAUCCCUCCAGGAGGAGAUCAUCUUCCUGAAGAAGUUACACGAUGAAGAAAUCCGUGAACUUCAAUCUCAAAUCCAAGAACAACACAUCCAGAUAGACAUGGAUGUGGCCAAGCCUGACCUCACCGCAGCUCUGCGUGAUGUCCGUCAACAGUACGAGAACGUUGCUUCUAAGAACCUGCAAGAUGCCGAAGAAUAUUACAAGUCUAAGUUUGCUGAUCUGUCUGACGCUGCUAACCGCAACAAUGAUGCCUUGCGCCAGGCUAAGCAAGAGACCAAUGAAUACCGCCGGCAGAUCCAGUCUCUCACCUGUGAGGUGGACGCAAUGAAGGGAUCUAACGAGUCUUACGAACGCCAGAUGCGUGAGAUGGAAGAGAACUUCUCCCUUGAAUGUGCUAACUACCAGGACACUAAUAACCGCCUUCAGGAAGAGCUCCAGAACAUGAAGGAGGAGAUGGCCCGCCACCUGCGCGAGUACCAGGAUCUGCUCAACGUAAAGAUGGCUCUUGAUAUUGAGAUUGCCACUUACAGGAAACUGCUGGAGGGAGAAGAGAGCAGAAUUACCAUUCCAGUCUCUUCCUUCUCCACCAUGAGCUUGAGAGAAACCAACCUUGACUCUCUCCCAGUAGAGAGCCAUUCUAAAAGAACACUUCUAAUCAAGACUGUGGAGACCAGAGAUGGACAGGUCAUUAAUGAGAGCUCCCAGCACCACGAUGACUAUGAGGACUGAAGACACCCUUUUGAACCCUAGAAAACCUUGACCAGCAACAUUUUCUUGUCCCUUGUGUUUCAACCUUGAAGAAAACCAGCUUUCAAGUGCCUUAUUCUGAUAAUUCAAGAGCAGGAGAUAGACCUCCUAUAGAAAUGAGGUUGGCGGAUUGCAUACUCUCCAGCUGUGGGGGAACGUAAUGUCCCAGCAUGCUUCUGGCUGGAAGUGCAUUCUGGGACUCCUGUUUCACCACACCUUGAGAGCCGCGGGUCUGCUUGGCCUGCUAAAUAGAGUAAUUAGCCACUGGAUUUCCAGGGAGUAGAGUCCAUACUGAAUGACAGUGGUCUAGUUUACAGACAAUAUAAGAGCAAUAUGUUGUGCCGCAAUACUGUUUUUAAAAAAGUCCCAAGAAAGCUUUUUACUUCCAAGCAACCUUUAAGUGCUUUAAUAAAUCUUUAGAAAUAAACUGUG